AGCUGCUGCUGAGGAAGAAAGGCAACAACAACAGGAUGCAGAUUCUGUUGCUCGCUCUUGCUGUCAGUUUGGCUUCUGCCCAGAAUGAUCUCAGCCCUUCAGAGAUCGAUGGCAACUGGCGCAGCAUGUACUUAGCUGCGGAUAACGUGGAGAAGAUCGAAGAGGGUGGGGAACUGAGAAACUAUGUCCGACAAAUAGAAUGUCAAGAUGAAUGCAGAAAUAUAUCUGUCAGGUUUUAUGCCAAAAAGAAUGGGGUGUGCCAGGAGUUCACUGUCGUAGGAGUAAGAGAUGAAGCAAGCGGUGAUUACUUCACUGAAUACUUGGGUGAAAACUACUUCUCAAUUGAGUAUAACACAGAAAACAUCAUAAUAUUUCACAGCACCAACGUGGAUGAAGCAGGCACAACAACGAAUGUGAUUUUAGCCACUGGGAAAAGCGCCCUUCUUAAGGUGCAAGAACUGCAGAAGUUUGCCAGGGUGGUUCAGGAUUAUGGAAUUCCAAAACAAAACAUAAGACCUGUCAUCCUAACAGACACCUGCCCGGAAUAAAGCCCACACUUGGAUGAUAAUGGAGCAGCAGUAUCAGCCAUCUCCUCAAAGACAACUGAAUCAUUAAUGAGAGGGACCAAUUUCCUUUACUUUCAACUGUAGUUGCUUCUUUCCAGUGAGGUCAUGAACCUAUGUCAUGACUUUCCUUUGCAUCCUUAUCAU